AUAAUGUGUCGACCACAGGGAAACCCAACGAGUACCAACCCCAUCGCCAGUAUCUUUGCCUGGACAAGAGGUCUGGAGCACCGGGGCAAACUGGACGGGAACCAGGAUCUAGUCAAGUUCUGCCAGACCCUUGAGCAGGCCUGUAUUGACACAGUGGACUCUGGGAAGAUGACCAAGGACUUGGCUGGAUGUGUCUACGGAGGCAUGGCCAAUGUAAAGCCAGGCCAGUACCUGUACACCAUGGACUUCCUGGAGGCUAUAGAGGAAGAACUGAAGAGGAAGAUGGGCAACUAGUGUGAACCAAACAGUGCUUCAUGUGGAACAGUUCAUGUCACAAGGGACUGUUGUCCCGAACCAUGUGUGUUGUAUGCAGUGUAUACUAUAUUGGUAGAACUCCAAAUAAAAGUUCUGUACCGUGUACCGCCUCAAUUAAAUUAGCAAAAACCCGAAAAACACAUGAAAGUAAAGCAAUAGAGAAGAAAAAAAAUUGCUGUUGAUACUAAAUUAUUGCCUCACUUCUUUAUCACCAAAGUUGCCAUGUCAGAGUGUACAAGAAGAAAUUGUGGAGAUAAAAAAAACUUGUAGUGCUAAACCUAGGAGUGCGAAAAAGAUUGCUGUGAAAAUUCUAAAUACUGUAUGUGGUUUGUUGAUUGUGUGUAUGUUACACAUGUGCCAGUACUAGUCUAUAUUCCAACUGCCUGAACAGUAAAAGUUACCCCAACUGAUACUUGUUUAGUCUGGCUAGUCCUACUUCUAGGAUUUAACUAUAAAAAAAAACCUCAGCACCCCAAUCAUCAGCACCCCAAAACCUCAUCACCCCAAUCAUCAGCACCCCAAACCUCAGCACCCAAAACCUCAGCACCCCAAACCUCAGCACCCCAAACCUCAGCACCCAAAACCUCAGCACCCCAAACCUCAGCAUCUACCAUGGCUUUGCAAGAAAGAAGUUAUCAGCAUGCUUAAAAUUGGUCUGCAUGGUAGUCAUGAGUGGAAUUGUCACCUUUAAAAUUUCACUAACCUGCCAUAGUAGCGAAUGGUAAUCGUGAUAACUUAGUCCUUCCACCCCUAUAAUUGAAUCUGUUAAACCCCACCGAGCCCUUACAUGGUUUCCUGCAUGCACAGAGCAUUAGCUGUCAUGACCAGAAUGAAACAAUACUCUCUUGGUGUGAGCUCGUCCCCAGCACUUGUUCUUGUAUGAAAAGUGAGGAAUGAAAUGCCCGACCACCUCCAAACCCGUCCACUCUGUUUGUGUUGUUUUGUGCCACAUGACUUGUUUGCCCAAUAAAGGAGUCUUGAGUGUG